AAAUAAAGCCGAGACGACAGCGGUGGCGGUGGUGAGCGCGCCGGAGCCCGCGUGGAGAACAUGCGGCGGGGAUGGGAGUGCGCCUAGUCUCGAGGCGGGAGAGCCAGCCGCCCUGCAGCCGGCCGCCGGCCCCGCAGCCACAGAAGCCGAUCCCUGCUGCGGAGCUCCCGGCGGCCGAGCCCCGAGGCUCUGCGGCCGCGCAGCGCGUCCCUGCCACCCGGCACCAUGAACACCAUCGUCUUCAACAAGCUCAGCGGUGCGGUGCUGUUUGAGGACGGAGGCGCCCCGGAGCGGGAGCGGGGUGGCCGGCCCUACAGCAGUGUCCUGGACAGUCCUCACGCCCGCCCCGAGGUGGGCAUUCCCGACGGCCCGCCCCUCAAGGACAACCUGGGCCUGAGACACCGGAGGACAGGCGCCCGGCAGAAUGGCGGGAAGGUGAGGCACAAGCGGCAGGCCCUGCAAGACAUGGCGCGGCCCCUCAAGCAGUGGCUUUACAAGCACCGUGACAACCCGUACCCCACCAAGACCGAGAAGAUACUCUUGGCCCUCGGCUCGCAGAUGACGCUAGUGCAGGUGUCAAAUUGGUUUGCUAAUGCAAGACGUCGGCUUAAGAAUACCGUUCGACAGCCAGAUUUAAGCUGGGCUUUGAGAAUAAAGUUAUACAACAAGUAUGUUCAAGGCAAUGCUGAACGGCUUAGCGUAAGCAGUGAUGACUCGUGUUCUGAAGAUGGAGAAAAUCCUCCAAGAAACCACAUGAACGAAGGGGGCUAUAGUACCCCAGUUCACCAUCCCGUGAUUAAAAGUGAGAGCUCCGUCAUCAAAGCAGGAGUGAGGCCAGAGUCACAGGCCAGUGAGGACUACGUGGCACCCCCCAAAUACAAGAGCAGCUUGUUGAACCGUUACCUUAAUGACUCUUUGAGACAUGUCAUGGCCACGAACACUACCAUGAUGGGAAAAACAAGGCAAAGAAACCACUCGGGAUCUUUUAGCUCCAAUGAAUUUGAGGAAGAAUUAGUGUCUCCAUCGUCAUCAGAAACCGAAGGCAACUUUGUCUAUCGUACAGACACUCUGGAAAACGGAUCCAAUAAGGGUGACAGUGCAGCUAACAGAAAGGGACCGAGCAAAGAUGACACGUAUUGGAAGGAGAUCAAUGCAGCUAUGGCCUUAACAAAUCUUGCACAGGGAAAGGACAAACUGCAGGGAACUACCAGCUGCAUCAUCCAGAAGUCGUCCCAUAUAGCAGAAGUAAAGACUGUCAAAGUGCCGCUGGUGCAGCAGUUUUGAGAGCUUGUUGCUUUUCAGAUCCAAUGGAUGUUCUUUCCAGUGUUUUCGUCAACCCUCAUCCUAAGAGCCGAAGCAGGAAUGAAAAUGACUCUCUCCUAAACCUCUUCUUAUUUUUAAUUAUCCCAAAUAUAUCAUUUAGUUGCUUCUAUAAAAGACAUAUAAAUUAUAAAAAACUCAUUUUAAUCAAAAAUAUUAACUUAUUUUAUGUUACUCAAACUAUGCAUAAAAUGUCUGCAUUACCAUUACAGUAAGUGCCUUGCUUCCCAAAAAUAAGCUCCAACGUGGGCAUAGUUGAACAGCUAUGCCUCAAAAUGCCAACGCCAUAUGCUUAUUAGCCUGUGUGCAUCAUUCCAGACGGACCUAAUCAUUCCAGGACUGAAACCAGAAUCACUGAAAGCCCUUGAAAUACAUUCAAUAAUUCACAAGUUAAAACUUGGAUAUCUGUUCAGCCCAAAUGAAAUCUUCCUUUUAAAAAAAGUCUACAGUAUUGAAAAUUGUUCAAUGUGCUUUUCAGAGUGACAGUGAGAAUUUUAUGCAUGUAUCUUGCCUGCAUAUCUGAUAUGUUACAAACUUCCAAAAUUCCAGGUGCAGCGAUCCACAUAACGUUGUACAUUUAAGAAUUGAUUCCUUCAAGCUAAUUUAAAAUUUCAAUGAAUACAUGAUGAUCAGGAAAACUUUUUUUGAAGCACACUGUUGGAAAGCACCACAAAGCCCUUUAGAAUUAAUCUGGAUUUUUUUCUCAAGUUCUGCUGAAGUUUAAAAAAAAAAAAAAACUUUAUUAUAUAAAUAACUCAAAAUUUUCCUGUGUAAAACUAAACCUGUAGUUUUAAAACAUAAUCCUGUUUGCAUUAGAGCUCACUGUCUUUUUGUGAUGGAAACUGUGUUCAUAUGGUAUGACUAAAAAUCUUUAAUUUGAUUCGUUUCAAAUUACAAUUGCUGAUGGACAAUUUGUAUUGCAGCGAGAACAAGAGAAUGAAAGAAAUAUAUCUCUGUGCGGCUAUACAUACACAUACAUAAAAUUGAUUUUUAAAUUUAAAACAUACGGAAAACAAAACAUUGAACAGUUUGAAUUUUGCCAAGUUGGAUAUUAAUGUAAAAGUGAAGUGAAAUCGUGCAUUGAAAGAAAACAUUUUGUUUCUAAAUUAGACUACCAUUGAGUGAGAAUAAUCAAUAUCAAGAAAGAAGACUAUCUUUCUCAACUAAACAAUACUAUUCUAAUCAGCUUGGGAAGACUUGAAACUUGAAUAAACAGUGGAAAUGCCAAAUAUAACAGAGGGUAUGUGCUACAGAGAAGUAAAAAGGGUUUGACUCUUUUAUGAUGGGAUUUUUUUUUCUGGGUACGUAAUCUGUUCUUUUUUUAAACUGGAAAGCAUUUUUGUCAGUGUGAAUGAGGGUCAAUAGUGCAGCCAAGUGGUGACAUUUUUCUUUAUUUUGCAAAAUGCUUUUAAAACCAAAGGCUGCUCUAGUUGACGGACAGUAUCAGUCUUGAUAUAAAUUAUAGGACACUUUUUCAUGUAACAUAGCAUUUGGGGAUUGGAUUUAUUUAGUGUAAUGAAGAUAAUUUGAUAUAAAAAUAUUUUGUGUAUAUAUAUAUUUUUACUUUGUUUUCUAAAUUGCUGUUUGCAGUAACAGUAAGUGCAAAGCAAAAUAUAUAAGUUAUGACUGUAUGAUCAGAUGAAGUAUGAGUUCUUUUGGUUUGCAUCCUUAAAUAGUUAGAGAUCUCUGAUAAAAACUUUGGAAUCUUUACAAAACAAUUUUGCCAAAAUGUGAGCAUGUCAAUGAAAACUAAAGACAAAUACUUCACUCUUUUUCAUACUAUUAUAAGUUAUUCUGGUAUUAAAUAUGUUAAUAAAAGUGUUUUUGUUUUGACAUAUUUCAGUUAGAUGAAUGAAUGCUGGUUGUAUUUUAUUUGAAUGAGUCAUGAUUCAUGUUUGCCGUCUUUUUUAAAAAAUCAGCAAAUUUCUUCUAUGUUAUAAAUUAUAGAUGACAAGGCAAUAUAGGACACAUAUUCACAUGAUUUUUUUUAAUACCAAAGGUUGGAAGAUUUUAUAAUUAACAGGUCAAGAAGACUUUAUAAUAAGCACAUCCUUGGCAAUAUCUCCAAUUGCAAUGACUUUUUAAUUUAUUUUUUCUUUUGCUGCUUUAACAUUUUCUGGAUAUUAAAAUCCCCCCAGUCCUUUAAAAGAAUCUUGAACAAUGCUGAGCCGGCAUCUGAAAAUCUAACUCAUAAUUUAUGUUGUAGAGAAAUAGAAUUACCUCUCUUCUUUGUUUUGCCAUAUGUAAUCAUUUUAAUAAAAUUACUAACUGCCAGGAGUUCUUGACAGAUUUAAAAUAAAAGUUAAUUUCUAGACCUC